GGGAGAUGGACGCGGCGGGGGAGAUCCAGAAGGUGGCGAGCAUGCGGCUAGGGGGGAGCAUGAGGGGGGACAGCGGGUCGAUGUGGAGGAGAGGGGACGACGUGUUCUCGAGGUCGUCGAGGGAGGAGGACGACGAGGAGGCGCUGCGGUGGGCGGCGCUCGAGAAGCUGCCCACCUACGACCGCGUGCGCCGCGCCAUCCUGCCGCUCGGUGGCGACGACGGCGCCGGGGACGGAGGAGGGAAGGGCGUCGUGGACGUGCACGGGCUCGGCCCGCGCGAGCGCCGCGCGCUCCUCGAGCGCCUCGUGCGCGUCGCCGACGAGGACAACGAGAAGUUCCUCCUCAAGCUCAAGGACCGCGUCGACCGGGUGGGGAUCGACAUGCCGACGAUCGAGGUGCGGUUCGAGCACCUGGAGGCGGAGGCGGAGGUCCGCGUCGGCAACAGCGGCCUCCCCACCGUCCUCAACUCCAUCACCAACACCCUCGAGGAAGCCGGCAACGCGCUCGGCAUUCUGCCCAACCGGAAGCAGACCAUGCCCGUCCUCCACGACGUCAGCGGCAUCAUCAAGCCCCGCAGGAUGACUCUGCUGUUAGGCCCACCGGGGUCAGGCAAGACCACCUUGCUGCUCGCGUUGGCCGGAAGGCUCGGCAAAGAUCUCAAGGCUUCAGGAAAAGUGACCUACAACGGGCACGGCAUGGAGGAAUUCGUGCCGGAGAGGACGGCGGCUUACAUCAGCCAGCACGACCUCCACAUCGGAGAGAUGACCGUCAGGGAGACACUUGCCUUCUCGGCACGAUGCCAGGGUGUUGGCAGUCGCUUUGAUAUGUUGACUGAGCUGUCAAGGCGAGAGAAGGCAGCGAACAUUAAGCCUGACGCCGAUAUCGAUGCAUUCAUGAAGGCGGCUGCAAUGGGAGGACAGGAGGCAAACGUGAACACUGACUAUAUACUGAAGAUAUUAGGACUAGAGAUAUGCGCUGACACGAUGGUUGGGGACGAGAUGCUGAGGGGCAUCUCAGGUGGGCAAAGAAAGCGUGUUACGACUGGUGAGAUGCUGGUUGGGCCAGCCAGGGCGCUCUUCAUGGACGAGAUCUCAACUGGGCUUGACAGCUCCACUACAUUCCAGAUAGUGAAUUCGCUUAGGCAAACUGUCCACAUCCUCGGUGGCACAGCUGUUAUCUCCCUGCUGCAGCCGGCGCCUGAGACUUACAACUUGUUUGAUGAUAUCAUCCUCCUCUCAGACGGUCAGAUUGUGUACCAGGGCCCCCGAGAGGAUGUGCUUGAAUUCUUCGAGUCCAUGGGGUUUAAGUGUCCUGACAGGAAGGGUGUUGCCGACUUCUUGCAAGAAGUGACUUCUAAGAAAGAUCAAAGGCAGUACUGGGCGAGGCAUGACAAGCCCUACAGGUUUGUGACGGUUAAGGAAUUUGUGAGUGCAUUCCAGUCGUUCCACACAGGGAGAGCUAUAGCAAACGAACUUGCUGUUCCGUUUGAUAAGAGUAAGAGCCAUCCUGCCGCACUGGCUACCACAAGGUACGGUGCUCCUGGCAAGGAGCUGCUGAAGGCAAAUAUUGACAGGGAGAUUCUCCUCAUGAAGAGGAACUCUUUCGUCUACAUGUUCAGAACCUUCCAGUUGAUGGUGGUGUCACUCAUUGCAAUGACACUCUUCUUCCGUACGAAAAUGAAACGUGAUUCUGUGACCAGCGGGGGCAUCUACAUGGGCGCACUCUUCUUUGGUGUGCUUAUGAUCAUGUUCAAUGGUUUCUCAGAGCUUGCGCUCACUGUCUUUAAGUUGCCUGUUUUCUUCAAGCAGAGGGAUCUCCUUUUUUAUCCUGCAUGGUCGUACACUAUACCCUCAUGGAUUCUCAAGAUCCCAAUCACGUUUAUUGAGGUUGGUGGGUAUGUGUUCUUAACAUACUACGUCAUUGGGUUUGACUCAAACGUGGGCAGCUUCUUCAAGCAGUAUUUGCUCAUGUUAGCAAUCAAUCAGAUGGCGGGAUCACUUUUCCGAUUCAUUGGUGGGGCAGCGAGGAACAUGAUUGUUGCAAAUGUCUUUGCAUCAUUCAUGCUGCUAAUUUUUAUGGUAUUGGGUGGAUUCAUUCUAGCAAGAGAGCAAGUGAAGAAAUGGUGGAUUUGGGGCUACUGGAUAUCCCCGAUGAUGUACGCCCAGAAUGCCAUCUCAGUUAAUGAACUCAUGGGGCACAGCUGGAACAAAAUUGUGAAUAGCUCUGCCUCCAAUGAGACCCUUGGUGUGCAAGUCCUCAAGUCCCGUGGAGUAUUCCCUGAAGCCAGGUGGUAUUGGAUUGGGUUUGGUGCAAUGAUCGGCUUCACCAUCCUUUUCAAUGCUCUCUUCACCCUUGCCCUUACAUACCUCAGGCCAUAUGGAAAUUCCCGUCAGUCAGUAUCAGAAGAGGAACUGAAAGAGAAGCGUGCCAAUCUGAAUGGUGAGAUUGUGGGUGACGUUCACUUGUCAUCUGGAAGUACGCGUAGGCCAAUGGGAAACGGCACUGAAAAUGAUUCAACAAUUGUUGAUGAUGAUACUGAGGUUACUCAAAGGGGGAUGGUUCUCCCAUUUACUCCGCUUUCACUCAGCUUUGACAAUGUCAGAUAUUCUGUUGACAUGCCACAGGAAAUGAAAGCACAAGGUGUAGCUGAUGACCGGUUGGAGCUCCUCAAAGGUGUUAGUGGUUCAUUCAGGCCAGGGGUGUUGACUGCACUAAUGGGUGUCAGUGGUGCUGGCAAGACAACACUGAUGGAUGUAUUGGCUGGGAGAAAGACAGGUGGGUACAUUGAAGGAAGCAUCAACAUUUCAGGAUAUCCAAAGAAACAAGAGACUUUUGCACGUGUGUCUGGAUACUGUGAGCAGAACGAUAUCCACUCACCGCAGGUCACAGUCUAUGAGUCGCUACUUUUCUCAGCAUGGCUCCGUCUUCCUGAGGAUGUAGAUUCCAACACUAGAAAGAUGUUCAUUGAGGAGGUGAUGGAGCUUGUGGAGCUCAAGUCACUGAGAGAUGCUUUGGUUGGGCUUCCUGGAGUGAAUGGUCUGUCCACUGAACAAAGAAAGAGGCUAACAAUCGCAGUGGAGCUUGUUGCAAACCCUUCGAUUAUAUUCAUGGACGAGCCAACCUCAGGGCUUGAUGCACGAGCAGCUGCAAUUGUGAUGAGGACAGUGAGGAACACUGUUAAUACUGGCAGAACUGUGGUGUGCACAAUUCAUCAGCCUAGCAUUGACAUAUUUGAAGCAUUUGAUGAGCUUUUCCUGAUGAAGCGAGGUGGUGAAGAGAUCUAUGCUGGUCCACUAGGCCAUCAUUCUUCGGAGCUGAUCAAGUAUUUUGAGAGUAUCCCAGGGGUCAGCAAAAUCAAAGAUGGCUAUAACCCAGCAACAUGGAUGUUGGAGGUGACAACAAUUGGUCAAGAGCAGGCACUUGGUGUUGAUUUUAGUGAUAUAUACAAGAAGUCUGAACUUUACCAGAGGAACAAGGCCUUGAUAAAGGACCUGAGCCAACCAGCCCCCGAUUCAAGUGACCUGUAUUUCCCUACCCAAUAUUCUCAGUCUUCUUUAACACAAUGCAUGGCUUGCCUGUGGAAGCAAAACCUGUCAUACUGGAGGAACCCUCCUUACAAUGCCGUUAGGUUCUUUUUCACUACUGUCAUUGCUCUUCUCUUUGGUACCAUCUUCUGGGACCUUGGCGGCAAAGUGACGAAGUCACAAGACUUGUUCAAUGCCAUGGGGUCAAUGUAUGCAGCAGUGCUGUUCAUCGGUGUCAUGAACUGUACAUCUGUUCAGCCAGUGGUGGCCGUGGAGCGGACAGUCUUUUACCGUGAAAGGGCUGCCGGCAUGUACUCGGCGUUUCCAUAUGCAUUUGGCCAGGUUGUCAUUGAGAUCCCAUACACACUGGUUCAGGCUACUGUAUACGGGAUCAUAGUGUAUGCGAUGAUUGGGUUCGAGUGGACGGCUGCCAAGUUCUUCUGGUACCUCUUCUUCAUGGUCUUCACGCUCCUCUACUUCACAUUCUACGGCAUGAUGGCGGUCGGCCUGACACCGAACUACCACAUUGCCUCGAUCGUCUCAUCGGCGUUCUACGCCAUCUGGAAUCUCUUCUCCGGCUUCGUCAUCCCCCGACCUAGAGUCCCAAUCUGGUGGAGAUGGUAUUGCUGGGCGUGCCCCGUCGCGUGGACGCUGUACGGCCUCGUCGUCUCCCAGUUCGGUGACAUCGAGACGCCGAUGGAAGACGGCACCCCUGUGAAGGUGUUUGUGGAGAACUACUUCGGCUUCAAGCACAGCUGGUUGGGCUGGGUGGCCACCGUGGUCGCUGCCUUCGCUUUCCUCUUCGCUUCCUUGUUUGGCUUCGCUAUCAUGAAGUUCAACUUCCAGAAGAGAUGAUGAUGACAAGGGAUAUUACAUUCAUUGAGUUGCAAACGCUACCUGAAAUUUGUGCAUAUCAUUGGAUCUAAAGAAUUUUUUUUUGUUGCCAUUAGAAUAUUGUAAAUCAUACCAGCCUUUCCCCCUUAUUUUUAUAGAAAGAUUGUACUACUGUUACACCUAGUAAUUUUGUUAUUAGUACCCUUCUUUUUAUAGAAAGAUGGUACUACUUUUAUUUUUAAUUUUUAUAUGGGGUUGUCUAGUGUUCAGUUGACUGAACUCACAUUUUGCUCGAUGUAAAUGAAGAACAGUUCUGCUGUUCGUCACUACUAUUUUUGUUAAUUGUAUUGCCCAGUUUUCCUCAA